AAGCCUAGCCGCGCGCGUCCCCGCGUCCCAGAUUAUAACCAGCAGCGCCGGAUCCAGCGCCGUGUUCCGCCGCCAGGCCCCUUUCGCGCUCCCCGUCCGCCGUCGCCGUCCAUUCCUUCCAUCUGAUCCGAUCCCCGCCUGCUCCUUCCUCUCCUGGGGUCCAGGGUUUUAGGGACGUCGGCAUGGUGCAGCCCCGGGGCCGGCCGCGGAGGAAGCGGCGUGCAAGCCACACGGAGACUGUUGCCCCUCGUGCGUCGCCGGCGGGCGCCCUGGAGGAGGAGGGGUUAGGCGACGGGAAUGAGGCCACUCAGAAGCGCGUUAGGAGUUGGACGGCGCAGCCAUCUCAGCUUCCGCUUCCACUGCAGGAAUUCGGGACGACGAAGCCACCUCCUCUUCUUCUGCCUCCGCUGCAGGACAUGUAUGUCAAUAUAAUUAAUGAACCGCUCCCACUUGGUCUACGGUUGAAAAAGAGCCCAUCUUUUGUAGAUCUUAUUUGUAUGUGUCUUUCAAAGGAAAACUCUACCAAGGAAAACUCUACCAAGGAAAUCUCUACCAAGGAAAACUCUACCAAGGAAAUCUCUACCAAGGGCCGUUCUGCUAUGAAAGAUAUUGUUUCCAAGCCCCCGUUAAAGAAAGAUGUAGUAAAAGCUUCAAAUUUUCCUGCAAACUUUCUUAAGAUUGGUAAUUGGGAGUACACAUCGCAGUAUGAAGGUGAUUUGGUUGCAAAAUGCUACUAUGCAAAGCAUAAGCUUGUCUGGGAAGUUUUGAACGAUGGUCUUAAGAGUAAGAUAGAGGUCCAGUGGUUAGAUAUUACUGCUAUAAAGGCAACUUGCCCUGAGGAGGGAGAUGGCACCUUGGAACUGAUGUUGUCUCGGCCACCCAUUUUCUUUCAAGAAACCGAUCCUCAACCAAGAAAACAUACAUUAUGGCUGGCGGCACCAGAUUUCACUUGUGGACAAGCAAUCAUGUGCAGGAGGCAUGUUUUGCGCUGCUCUUCGAGUGUGUUGAGCAGAAAUUUUGAAAAGCUUAUUCAGUGUGAUGAGCGACUAAAUGAGCUGAGCCGACAACCAAUUAUCAUGUCAGAUUCUCCAUUUAUUGGAAACAUAAGCUCCAUAUUUGGAAAUCCAAAUGAAAGUUCCGGCCCUUCAUCCAUGUUCGCACAUCAUGUGUUACCAUGUGAUACUUCUCCAGUGUUCCAAAGGGAUGGGGUGAAGCAUCAUCAGCCAUUGAACUUAGGUGCCACUGCUUCAGAUGUCCAAGCAAAAAUUGUUGCUCAAGAACAAAGGAACCUCAAUUUGUGCAAUCAUGCCAGCCCUGAGGUGCCGAAAGAAUUUCAGGAGAUUGCUGAGAGCCUCUUAAGCGAUACACAUGCCCCGCCAUCCGCGGAUGAGAAAUAUCUGCUGGCAAGAGUGGACUCGCUUAGCAAUUUGAUUGAGAAAGGCGCUGCGCCAUCCACCGUAUCUGUUCCUGAGCGCAACUACACCAUUGCUGCAGGCGAAGUAGGUCAUGAUGCCUUUGCCGAGGAACUCGGAUUUUGUUUCGAAGACGAAGAACAAUGGGCGCCUGCGGGGAGAACUGUGGAUGGCGGCGCAGGACCGCCUGCCAUCUCUAGAAAGGAGUCCGUGGCGGGUCUGUUUGAGAACAUCCAUCGCCGCAUACCAUCUAUGUCAGAGUUGUUCGACAUAGCAGAGGAUUGAGAGAACUCCGGUUAGCGCUCCGGAUUUGGAAAUGUUUCGAUCAUGAGGAACUGUGCCUUCUUAGACUUGUUUUGGUCUCCUGUCUGUAACUUACCUGACUCUCAUUUGGCAACAACUGAAAUUUGCGCAACCCCA